UGGGAGCGAGAAAACAUCAAUUCCUCCUUUGGCAGACCUGCUCUUGCUCUGCCUCUGUGGCGAAGGAUCAUAUCCACCAAGAGGAAUAACAAUGGCUGGCAAUUCAGAAAAUACACAGGGCAUUCUUGUUAUCUAUGAAGAAGCUGCAGAGGAAUGGGCUCGGUAUUUAAAAUCAAUUUUCAAGCAUGUUAUAUUAGAAGACAGGAUCUUGCUUUACGACUUAGAAGCUGCAUCGAUUCACCACUCAGAAGUGCCAUUUCUCUGCUCUUACAGAUGCAAAGUGUUGAUAAUAUCGAAUGGUCUUUUAAGGUGUCUGAACCUGAAAAAGAGACAUUUUCUGGACGAGAUUCUUCAGCCUCCUGAAAGGGUGGUUUUUUUGCUUUGUGGGAUAGAAGAUCCCACCCUUAUCUAUCAGAUACUGAAUAUAGACAAAAACAACCGAUUGAUUACCACAGAUCAAGGCCCAGAAGAUUAUCUUGCAGUUAUAGCUGAUAUUAUUCAACAAGGUCCACAUGACCUCUUAUCUUUGGACUUAGAAAGGAACUUGAGGCUAGAUGACAGAAGUGUGGAAAUUGAGGAGGUCACAAAGAUGGAAGGAAGGCCAGAAGUGUUAGUGUUGCCAAAAAGGAUACCAUGUGAGUGCCCUGGAGAAAUGUUCAUUAUUUUAAGAGAUGAUGUCCCUGAAGACUCAGUAGUCAUUGAAUUUAUAACAGAAAAGAAAUGGAUCAGGAUUGAACCAGACUUUUGGAAUCAGAAAGUCAGGUUCAUCAAAGCUCUAGAUUUUCCUGCUGGCUUUGUAAAUGUAAAUAUCUACUGUGGAGGAGACAUUAAAGCUGCAGUGCAGAUUGAAUACUAUUCAACAGUUGGAGAGAUUGAGCAGAUGCUUCAGAAAGUGGCUGAUCCAAUUGCCUUUGUCUGUCAGGCUUUCAAGUUUUCAGCAGCAGAGAAAAUGGAUAAUGUUCUCACACUCUUGCUGAAAAGUUCAAUCAUUUCUCAUGAUAUUCCAAAUGAAGUCAUGGAUCAUGACCAGGAAACUGAUUCACAGUUGGAGGAACUUCCCACUCUUCUCCAUUGUGCAGCUAAAUUUGGAUUAAAGAAGCUUGCUGUACUUCUCCUCCAAGAUCCCAAGGCCAUUCAGGCAUGUAGAAUUACUAACAAGUAUGGAGAAAACCCAGUUUGUGUUGCAGAAAAGUAUGGCCAGAAGGAGAUUUGGAAUAUCCUUAAAGAAUUGCCAACAAAUGAAGAUGAAAACAUAAGUGAUGAGAAGGAGAAAGAAGUAAAAGCUGAGGAUGAUGUCUAUGUGAUUAUGAUGAGUUCAGAUUCUCAUUCUAGUGGACUUGGCAGACCAAGCAUAGAAGCACCACCUGGAGCCUGUUUGAAAAUCCAGAAGAAUAAAGGGGUGAAUGCUGAUGCAGAACUGAAAGAAGAUAAUGAGGAAGGAAUGGUAGAAAAAGAAGAAAACAAAUUAGAAGAAAAUACAUAUCACUUGAGAGAUAAUUGUUGCAGCUUGUAUGAUAACAUACUUCAGGAUGCCCCAGAAGCAAAGAGCUACUCAGAGGGACCGCCUUUGCCACCCCGAAAUCAAUCUCUUGCCAGAAAACACAAUGAACUUUUCUACUUGUAUUCAGCAUGGAAAACAGUGGAAGGCCAAAUGGAAAAUAAGGAAGCAGAUGGAGAGCCAAAGAUAGAUGAUUAUUCUGACGAAAUAUAUGUGGAAGAUCCAUACACUACUGCUUUAGUAGAUGAUGGUGUGUACGAUACAAUUAUUGAUAAUGAAGCUAAACAGCGAAGGAAAAACGGUAAAUCCUUUAUUCUGAAUCGGCCACCAGCACCUGCACCACGUCCUUUGUCUGUUGCUGUGAAAGAGGAGAGCACUUCUUACAUAGCUCAAGUCUUUCAGCAAAAGGUGACCAGGACUCAAGCUGGUAAUGAGAAGCUGUUGAAUGCUGUCAGGAAACCAGACAAAAUUUAUGAGGAAAAGGUCACAUAUACUACUGUCAAGCCCAAUAUCCCAUUGGGGCAGGAAGAACUCAUCCUGUUGCAACAGCAGAUUAAAAGGGGAAACAGUUCCAUGGAUGAAGUGGAGAAACUCAAGCACUGGCAAAUUGAUACAAGUAAACUGGAUGCCAUUCAGCAGGAAAAAAUACACCAACUCAGAGAUUCUAUUCUCAGAAAAAGACCAGAGGUGACAAAGAUGUAUGACAGAAUCACCUUUAUUCACAAUUCUGAUGUUUCUAUAAGAAGAGGACAAGACAGUCUAGGUGGUGAAGGCACUGUAUACACCAAGCUAUUUGGAAAUCAG